AUGGACCGUGAUUGGGUUAAUGAGUUGGUUCAAUUUGCUUAUCAGUAUAUUCACGACCACGCACCUCAACUUGCUGGUGAAGGCGAUGGCUGGGUGCUGGUGGGGGUGAACGGCCAAGAGAACCCAAGGCGGGCGGCGGCGGCGGAGGAAGGAGACGCGCGGCGGGAGCCGGCGAUCGAGAGGGAGAUGCGGACGGCGGAUGUUUUGGCGGAGCAGGAGGAGGACGGCCCUCGCCUCCAGUACCCGCCCGACGAGGACGGAGAUCUGUACGGACCCAUCUUCGCCUCCGAUUCCCAGCCGUCCGCCGCCGCGGGAGCUCCCGCCGGCACCGAUCUCCAGCCGUCGUACGCCGUGCCGCUGCUUAUCCCCGCAGCGGGCGACGGAUCUGAGAUCGCCGUGGCGGCGAGGUCGGUCAUGGGCACAGGGAAAUGGGUGGCCGAGGACGAGCCGGAGACUUCGUCGGCGGCCGCCGAUCGGAAGGGGAAAGCGAAGGUUGUUGACGAUGAGGACGACGAAACUGAGGCGGAAGCUAAAGUACCAACAGAGACAGACAAAUCCAAAUCCGACCAAGUUAACACCCAAACUGAGAUACUCGCCCAUGCCAUGUCAUUUCCUUACGUGCCGCCGCCAAAUAUGACAGUGCCAGAUUUGUCGAAUAUGACAAUGCCAGGCGUGCCGGAUAAUGCGCUGCCAAUCCCAACCGUGCCAAAUGCGACUGUGCCAGAGAUGUCGAAUAUUACAAUGCCAGACGGGCCAACUAUGACGCUGCCAGGCCCAUUGAUGCCAAAUCCAACUACAGGCCCGGCUGGCCCGAAUGUGUCGAUGCCAGACUUGUCGAAUAUGACAGUGCCAGACAUGUCGAAUAUGACAGUUUCAAGCUUGCCGAGGAUUAAUACGUUGCCAAGCCCAACUACAGGCCCAACUAUGCCAGCUGGGCCGAAUGCAACUGUGCCAAGCGUGCCGAACAUUGUGCUGCCAAGCACGACUGGUCAGAAUACAACUGUGCCACUUGUGCCGAACAUGACAGUGCAAGGGGUGCCGAUUAUGACUCUGCCAGGUCGUGACUCAGAGAAUGAAGAUCGCGCGUAA